CGUUGUCAACUGGAGAAGAAACGGUAAAUGCAUUCUGCCGCACGAGGGAGAGUCCCGAUCGAGUAUAUCGGCUUCAUCCACUACCUCAUCAUUUAGCGUGUGGUCCAUGCCCACAGGGUCCAUGCCCACAGGGUCCAUGCCCACGGGGUCCAUGUCCACGGGGUCCAUGUCCACGGGGUCCAUGUCAAUGAC